AUGAUGUUAGAAUCACUUGAUCGUUUAUUCCUCUUUCUAACACGUCUACCUUGUUCUGCUUUACAUUUUAUUGGAUGGAUGAGUUGGUCAGCAUCUAGUUUAUCUUUAGUGUUACUUAAUAGUGAUAAACUACUUUAUUUUUGUUUUCCCUUACAUUAUCGAAUAAUUAAAUCUGUUAGGAGAACAGUUAAACUUUGCCUUUUUGUUUGGAUUUUAUCUUGUUGUUUUGUCAGUUAUGUAUGGCUUUCAAAUAUUUUAAAUAUUGGGCCUUCAAAAUAUUUUGUUAGAUGCUCGACAAGUUUAAAUACUGGAAAAUUACAUAUUUUUACUUUUUAUACUCUUCUUGUUUGUGUUCUACCUAUUUUCUCCUCAUUAAUUGUUAGCUGCCAUCUGUUACGUUUGAUGAGCCGUAAAAGAAGACACAGUCUUCGAACAACUUUACAAAUUACAAGUUCUACUAGUAGUGAAGAACAAAUAACAUUAGCACCUGCUUUUACAAGAAAAGUCCGUUCACUAGUUUUUAUCUUCAUAACAACAGUUUGGACUGCCAUAAGUCUCUUGCCUUAUCGUGUAUUUGUAUUAGCACAAUACAACUAUCUCGAUACUAUGCUAGCUGAUAUUUGUGGAUGGAAGGCUUUAUGGUUAAGUCAAUUGGGGUGGCUACUACAUUAUUUACUUAAACUUAAUCCGAUUGUUAAUCCUUGUAUUACGGCUUUUAUUUAUCAUCCCUAUCGAAUGGAUUUUGCCAAACGAUUAAAUAGACGUUUUCACAGCAGUACAAGAACACAGGAGGAGGCUGAACUUUAA